CUCCGUUUUGUUUGACAGUACUGCAAACGUCAACAAGAAGUAACGUCACCCAACAUUGCUUAGAGCACCUUUAAGUAACUUUUUAUUUAGGCUUGAUUUAAACAUGUUCGAAUAUAUUUUUCUAGAUUUUGUAGACUAAACUUCAAUAAGCUGAGAGUCUUCUCUUUACUGUUACUGAUAAUACAAUGCAGUAUUGUAAUAAAUAUGUUUUAAAACUGCAUUCAUUGUAUGUUUUUGGUACCGAAAACAAGUUUCAACAUAGACUUUCUGGCACAGACGUACUAUAAAUGUGAAGCCUUUGUGUUUGUUCUGUCAGAUAGGAACUAAAAGUGUCGGUUCUUGGGCCUCUCCUAAAGGUUCAGAAGUUCAAGGAAAUUAAAAGCUGAAAGAGAGAUGCUGAUAUGCUCCUCCUACAAACAUUCAGCAACUUGCAAAAGAGAGACUUUGAGGAAGUACCAAGUCACUCAUCACAGGAAGUAGAUUCUUUAUUUUUAACAUGCAUCAGUUCAGUGUCUCUGACAGUUGACAGCUGAGAAAGGGAGAGAAAAAGAGAGAAGCACGAUGGCUGAAUUCAAAUGGAUAAAAAUGUCUUUAUUUGGGAUACUGCUUCAGUUUACAGUGGUUACCGGACAUCACCUCUCCUUCACUGUCAGAGAUGGUGAUGAUGUCACUUUGACUUGUGAAAAUGUGGUAGAUGGUCAGGUUAACUGUAACAGGACUAACUGGGUCUUCAGAGGUUCAAUAAGGGUGGAAGUAGAUCUAGUUACUCAUGGGCAGAUUGUUGAAAAAGACAAAGCUAAACGAGACAGACUGGGUGUUACAGAGAACUGUUCUCUGGUUAUAAAGAAGGUCACAGUUCAGGAUGUUGGUCUUUACCACUGUCAACAGCUCAAACCAGGACAAGAAGAUGCAGACACUCAGAUUGAACUAUCUGUUAUUAACAUACAGGAACAUGAACAUGAAGAUGGUGAGCAGGUGGAGCUGUCCUGCUCUGUGUUGACACAUGAAGUGUGUAGACACACAGUGAAGUGGCUGUAUGAGGGGGAAGAUGCAGAUGGAGAUAUAAGAUACACGGAUAUGCAGACUUCACACUCUGAGUGCUCAGUUACUGUGACGUUUCCUAUUUCUAAUCUCAAGCAGAAGUCAAAGUGUCAAGAGUUGUUCAAGUGUGAAGUGACAGAUGGUUACACUAAAAAAGUGCAGCUGUUUCCCUUCAUCCCUCAGUCCUCAGGUGAGAAACCAGGGGAGGAUGCCACAACAUCAACCACGAUGAGAACAACUGAAAGCGGCACAAAAUCCAGAGUCACCUCAACAACGCCUGCUGUCAGUGUUACUUCAACAUCACCACAAGGCUGGUGGAGGGUCAUCAUGGUGUCUGUGGGUUUAGCAGCACUCGUAAUAACUGUUGUGGUGGUCAACAUAUGGAUGAGAACUAAAGGAAACAGAACCCAGAUGGAUGGCAAUGCUGAGCAUCAUGAUGAAGAUGAAGGUACAGUGACCUAUGAAAACGUUGGAGAACCUUCUGUUUCUAUCAGACUCCACUGAUCAACAACUUCAACAUCAACUCACCAGAAAAA